AUGUACAUCACCCUCUACUACAUAGUCACCCGUCUCCCUGACUCUCUCCGUGUAGUCAGGGACCACUUCCUCUCUGUUUGCCCCACCACUCUCACCGUUGACCUCCUCGAGAAGGCCCUCCUAGCGAUAGAGAAGAGCAUAGUCGCUGUAGGAGCCUCUCGUGGUGACCCUCGCACCCCCGUCUUUGAGGGGUGUUCUCCCUCCCCCCUCUUGCCCUCUGUUGCCUCUGCUGCUGCGGCCGACCUCGUUGGUUUCGAGUCGGUCGGCGCUGCGUCUGCCCCGAGCGGGAGACGCUGCACCGGCAAGGGCAAGGGGGGCAAGGGCACUGGAGGAGGUGGAGGGGGCGGUGGAGGUGGUGGUGGAGGCAGUGAAGGGAGUGGGGGUGGUGGUGGGAGUGGUGUUGGGGGUGGCGGCAGCGGCAGCAGCAGUGGAGGCGGCAGAGGCGGUGGAGGUGGCGGAGGGAGCGGAGGCGGCGGAGCUAGUGGAGGAGGCGGAGGUGGAGGAGGCGGCGGAGCCAGCGGAGGCGGCGGCGGCGGCGGAGGCGGCGGUGGUGGAGCGAGUCGCGACUCUGCGUCGAGGAGUGGCGCCGGUCGUGGUCAGCGCCAGCAGCAGCAGCGGAGUGGUUGCGGGGGUCCGCACUCCACCCAGCGCUGCUUUGGUUGCCUGACGGACACGUGGCAUUGCCAGUUCCCUGAGGCGUCAGAGAUCCCUCGCUGGGGAGAUCUGGCUAAGGCCGGGGCUGCUAUCUUUGAUCUUGACUUUGAUGCAAUUCUUGCUGCCAUGUAUGCUGUUGCUGAUAGUUUUGAGAGUGCCUGUUACCUGUGUGUACCGCCUGACCCGGGCAUUGAGGCUGCUGCGCUAGGUUCUAGUGAGACUGCUGCUCUAGGUGCUAGUGCGUCUGCUGCCCCAGGUGCCAGUGCGUCUGCCGCCCCAGGUGCUGGUGAGUCUGCUCUCUCAGGUACUACGUCGGCUCAGGCCUUCCACACCUUCACCCUGGACUCGGGUGCCUCCCGCUCCUUCUUUCGAGACCGCACCACUCUUACGCCGCUUAGUCGGCCGGUUGCAGUCUCCCUAGCAGACCCCUUUGGGAGUCCUGUCCUUGCUAGCUUCUCCACUGUCCUUCCGUGCCCUGCAGCCCCCUUUGGCACCCUGUGUGGUCUCUACCUCCCCUCGUUCUCUACGAACUUGGUGAGUGGACCGGACCUACAGGAUCGAGGGGUUGACCAAUUCACUCCUGCGAGUCAGCGAGUGACCCACUGCAGGUGUGCUCGGACAGGCCGACACUUGGCCACGUUCACCCGUCGGCCAGGAUCGAACCUGUACACCCUUACUGAUGAGUCUCCUCCUACUGCUGAGUCUGGUCAGGUAGCUGCGUCGAGUCAGGUGUUUGCUGCGGCGUCCAGGUCUGGUCCUGAGUGUGCCCCCUGCUCGUGUCGUCUGCUGUCCCACCAGACUCUCCUUUGGCACCACCGCCUUGGUCACCCCUCCUUGCCUCGUCUCCGAGGCAUGGCCUCCCGUGUCCUUGUCUCUGGGGCGACAGCGCGCCGCCCCUCACUCCUCCGAAUUUCCUCCGACAGAGGCUCCGCUGUACACAUGGACGUGUGGGGCCCAGCCCGCGUCAGUGGGCAGGGGGGAGAGCGGUACUUUCUGCUGAUCGUUGACGACUACUCGCGUUACACCACAGUCUUCCCCUUGCACAGCAAGGGUGACGUCACUGAAGUGUUGAUCGACUGGAUCCGUGCAACUCGUCUCCAGCUCAGAGAGAGUUUCGGCUCGGACUUUCCUGUUUUGCGUCUGCACUCGGACAGAGGAGGGGAGUUUUCCUCUGCCCAUCUGGGAGCCUUUUGUCGGGCACAGGGCAUCCGCCAGACCUUCACGCUUCCGGCCUCUCCACAGCAAAAUGGGAUUGCUAAGCGCCGCAUUGGCAUAGUCAUGGACUACGCCGCGCAUCAGCUCAACCUUCAGCCCCGGGUCUCCUUGCCGGAGACCUCCCCCACCUUGCGGUGGACAAGGAAGGUUGGCAAUGCGUCUGCGUUUCGGGUCUGGGAAUCUCGGGCGUUUGUCCGGGACAUGUCUGCGGACAAGCUGUCCCCCCGUGCUGUUCCUUGCGUCUUCCUAGGCUUCCCCCCUGACGCGCCUGGGUGGCAGUUUUACCACCCCACCACGCGCCGUGUUCUGUCCUCCCAGGACGUCACCUUUGACGAGUCGGUGCCUUACUACCAUCUCUUCCCCUACCGCACUGCGCCCCUCCCCCCGCCGCCGCUCUUCCUUGCGCCAGAUGCUACUCAGGUAGACCCCCUCCCUCCUCAAGGUCCUGCCCCUUCAGGUGUGUCCCAGGUAGACGCAGUCGAGCGUGUCGAGGUAGCUGUAGACUCUGGUGCUGCAAGAAGUGCUGAGCCUGCGGGUGCCGGGUCUGCGGGUGCCGGGUCUUGGGGUGCUGAGUCUGGGGGUGCUGAGACUAGAGGUGCUGAGCCUGGGGGUGCUGAGUCUGGGGGUGUGGAGCCUGGGGGUGCUAGGUCUCCUCGUGUGGCCGCUGGCGGUACUUCGUCGAGGCGGGAGCCGCUCUCUCCACAGGAGCUGCGCGUGUGGCUCGCCUGCCGUUGGAGACGUGCUGUUGAGUCUGGGAGUGUUGGCGCUGGUGUUUCUACUGGUGCUGGUGAGUUUGGGGGUGCUGCUGAGGCAGCUGGUGCUGACGGUCCUACUGGAGUUGGUGCUGCUGGAGCUGGAGCUGCUGGGGGUGUUGGGGCUGGUGUUUCUACUAGUGCUGACGGUCCUACCGGAGUUGGUGCUGCUGGAGCUGGAGCUGCUUGGGGUGUUGGCGCUGGCGGUGCUGCUGGCGCUCGUGCUUCUGAGGGAACUGGAGUUGGCGCUGUUGGAGCUGGAGGUUCUGCUGGCGCUAGUGCUGCCGCUGGGGGUAAUGGUGCCGUACUUGCUGGUUCUAGAGGCGCUGCGCGGCCGAGGCCGUACUUCGUUCCGCUUCUGGAGCAGUCACAGUUACCGCCCGCCUCCCCUCUACCUGCUCCUUCUCCCUACACUGGUCCUACUGGAGGUCUUGCUGAGCAUCGUGAGCCUGCGUCUCGUCCCGCGUCACCUGUUUGUGCUGCUCGCACAAGUGGUCGUACUGCGCGUCCGCGUCCUCCUGCGAUCCCCGGCACACACCAGAUGGCACUUCGUCCUUCCACUGCUCCUCUGCGUGUCCCGUUGCCGUCUCCUCCAGAGUCCUCUCUUCCUUCUCUUGCUGACCCGGAGUCUGACUCCCUUCGUGCUGCUAGUCCUUCGGUCACACGCCUUCUUGCUACUUUUGUCACUGACCCUCUUUUUGAGUCAGCUGCUGCGCGUGCUCUUGUUGCUGAGCUUGUCGACUUCACUGCUCGCUGUCGUCUAGACUACGCUGCCAGUCUUGUUGCUGAGUCUGAGUCUGUCUGA